AUGGUAGAUUUGUUCCUAGGUCAUUCACUAGUAUGUAACAACAGGGAUCGUGUUGAGUACGAUACGGAACGAGAAGUCAUGCUUCGUCUCCAGAACCGGAUCCUGCUCCUGUUCUUUGGUUCCGCAGACUGCCAACGGUGCCAGGAGUUCAUCCCCACACUUAAGGACUUCUUCAAGCGUCUAACUGAUGAGUUCUACGUGGAACGCUCCGCCCAGUUGGUCCUUCUGUACAUCAGCCUGGACCAAUCAGAGGAGCAGCUGGAGCACCUCCUCAAAGAGCUGCCCAAGAAAUGCCUGUUCCUAACCCACGAUGACCCCUAUCGCAGAGAGCUGGAGUCUAUGUUUGAGGUGGAGGAUGUACCGAGGGUGGUGGUUCUGCGUCCAGACUGUUCUGUUCUAUCUCCCAACGCUGUCUCUGAGAUAAGCAGCCUCGGAACCGACUGCUUCCACAACUGGCAGGAAUCAGCUGAGCUUAUCGACAGGAACUUCAUGCUGAACGAGGAGUUUGAUGACAAAAAGAUGCGGAGCGUCACCGACCCGAUACGCCGCCUCAAAUACAAGGUGAAGAAGAAGAAGAAGAAG